AUGUCUUCCAAUAAACCUGAAGGAUUGCUUAGAAGGGUUUUCUUGUGGAUCUGUCUGCUGGGAUGUCCACGAGGUGGUGAACAUUACAAACUACUAAUUGAUCAAUUUGAAGACACAGAAAAGGGAUUCAUUUUUAAAAAAUUCCAACAAAAAAAUGAUCAAGGAGGAUUAGAAGGAAAUCAGCAUACUUUUGAAAUACUAUUUCCAUCAGAUAUUGCCGAUAAAGUUGAACCUAAUGCAGAUAUUCGUAAGUAUAUUUCAAUGAGGCCUCCAAAUUGUACUACCAAGGAAUUUUACUUAGGAAUUUCGAAUGCAUCAGGACAAUGGUAUCUUAAUCGGGCACUUGGUGAAAAACGGAUUAGAGGAAUGUUUCGGAAAAUUUGUUUAGUAUGUGAUAUUGAUAUAUCUGGAAGAAAUAUCUCUAAUUAUUUAGGUCGAAAUACGGCAAUUCAAUCAAUAUUUGAUGCUGGUAAUGAAGAAAUUGAAGCUAUGGCUAUUUCAGGACAUAAUUCAUCAGCUGGUGUACGAAAUUACCUUAAAGUGACAAAGGAGAAAAAAAGAAAUAUCCUUAACUCAGUCGUACAAAGGUUGACAGAAUCUAAUACUUUGUAA